AGAAGGCACCGCACUGGGCUGUCUUCCCAACUGAAGGCGGCGCGUUCCAAUAGUUGCCGGCGUCUCCUCUUCUCUUGCUGGUUUCCUGGUCUGUCAGCCGUCCUCAGCAAGCUCCUGGGGGCGAAAGGGUCCGAGAGCUUUGCUCUCUGGCAGAUUUUCUUCCGUAAGAGGUGGCUCUAGAAUCCCCCAGAAACGAGUGUGGUCUUUUAUUGCAAGGCAUGAUGACUGCAAAAGUGGUUCCCAUAUCCCCAAAGCCAAAGCAGUCCUUUAUACUGAGAGUUCCUCCAGACUCCAAGCUGGGCCAAGACCUCCUUCAAGAUGCCACUAGUGGGCCCAAGACCAUCCACCAGCUGGUGCUGGAGCACUUCCUUACCUUCUUGCCCAAGCCAAGCCUGGUCCAGCCCAGUGAGAAAGUCAAGGAGACCUUGGUUAUUAUGAAGGAUGUGAGUUCAAGCCUUCAGAACAGAGUGCAACCUCGUCCCUUAGUGAAGCUUCUGCCCAGAGAAGGAGUCCAGCAGAAACAGGAGACAGUGUCUCUGUGUUUUAAAGCUGACUCUGAGGAGCUGGUGGUCUUUGAGGAUUUGAAUGUAUUUCACUCCCAAGAGGAAUGUGUGAGCAUGGAUCCUGCUCAACAGCCCACAUCAGAGAAGGACAGUGUUGGAGAGAUGAUGUUACUAACCAAUGACAUUCCUACAAGUGAAGAUCUUCAGAAGGGAAAUUGCCGAGAAAAGUCUUUGGAUGGCGAUGGAGUGGAUUGUUCCUUGGUCUCUGAGCAACCUCCAGGUAGCCAAGAAGAAAGACUAAAUACAUCCAUUCCACAGCAAAGGAAAAUGAGAAAUCUUUUAGUUACCAUUGAAAAUGACACUCCACUAGAGGAGCUCUCGAAAUUUGUGGACAUCAAUGUUAUUGCACUUACUCGAAGUCGGAGAACAAGGAGAUGGUACACUUGUCCACUGUGUGGGAAGCAGUUUAAUGAAAGCUCUUACCUUAUUUCCCACCAGAGGACUCACACUGGAGAGAAACCCUAUGACUGUAGCCACUGUGGGAAAAGCUUCAAUCAUAAAACAAACCUCAAUAAACAUGAGCGAAUCCACACAGGAGAGAAGCCUUAUUCCUGUUCUCAGUGUGGGAAAAACUUUCGCCAGAAUUCUCAUCGGAGUCGCCAUGAAGGAAUCCAUGUAAGGGAGAAGGUAUUUAAGUGUCCAGAAUGUGGGAAAACCUUCCCAAAAAACGAAGAAUUUGUGCUUCACCUGCAGAGUCAUGAGACUGAGAGGCCAUACGGUUGCAAAAAAUGUGGGAGAAGAUUUGGUCGGCUGUCAAACUGUACCCGGCAUGAGAGGACCCACUCUGCAUGUAAGAUCCGAAAGCAGAAAUGAGAUUGGGAAUCAUCCUUCCUCAGCCUGAGAAGUUUCACAAGGCUGCCUAAAAACACACAGAUAUGUGAAAACCUCAUUAUAGCCAAAUUUGGAUAAAUACCCAUGUUGGCUAAACCUCAGUUGUUAGAAAAUUCACAGAGAGGGAAAUAUCUUCAAGGGCUAUACCUCAGUUAGCAUUCAGACUUCCUGGACUAAGGAGCUUUCUUUGUGAAGUUGUACAACAAUAUGUAGGUCACAGAUCCCUUUCCCAAGAAUUUAAAUGUGAAAGAGUCUGGGGCUGCUUACAUGCAAGGUGAGCUGGACAGUCACAUCUAUUGAAAUAGAUCUCUUUUCCCUUGCAUGGGAAUUCACACUUGAGAAAAGAGAACACAAAAGUCUAUCUGGAAUUGAUGUCCCAGAAAGAACCAAACUACUGGUUUGUUAAGUCAACAGCUUCUAAUAACAGUUCCUAUAACGCUUGCAUAACA